UCGGCGCGGCGCGGCGCGGCGCGGCAGGACGCGGCCCGGCCAUGGCGUCCCCGUCGCGGCGGCUGCAGACGAAGCCGGUGAUCACCUGCCUCAAGAGCGUGCUGCUCACCUACAGCCUCGUCUUCUGGGUCUCGGGCAUCGUGCUGCUGGCCGUGGGCGUCUGGGGCCGCGUGAGCCUCGCCGUGUACUUCUCGCUGCUCGACGAGAAGGCCACCAACGUGCCCGUGGUGCUGGCGGGCGCCGGCACCGUCGUCGUCCUGCUGGGCACCUUCGGCUGCUUCGCCACCUGCCGCGGCAGCGCCUGGAUGCUCAAGCUGUACGCCAUGCUGCUCUCCCUCGUCUUCCUCGUCGUCCUGGUGGCCGCCGUCGUCGGGUUCGUCUUCAGGCACGAGAUUAAGGCAAACUUUGAGACCAACCUUAACCUGGCAUUGAAGAAUUACAAUGCGACAGUGGAUCAGCACAGUGAUGCAGUCGACACCAUCCAGAGAACACUCCACUGCUGUGGGGUCCAGAACUACACAGACUGGGAGAAGACCGAAUACUUUGCCCAGAAGGGGAUCCCUCAGAGCUGCUGCAAGAGCCAGGACGACUGUUCAGAGGGGGAUCUGAAGGAUCUGAAGAAAGCCAAGCUGAAAGUGUUUGUGGAUGGUUGUUUCUUCCUCGUGACAUCAACGAUGGAGUCAAAAAUGAGCGUUGUGGCUGGAAUCUCCUUUGGCAUUGCAUGCUUCCAGUUGGUCGGCAUCUUCCUUGCCUGCUGCCUGUCCCGGUACAUCACGAACAAUCAGUACGAGAUGGUGUAGCUGGCCCCGGCACGCUGUGGCUGUCACCAAGGGAAUUCCUUCUGCUCUCCUGUGUCUGGGGAAAGCGUAGCCAUCUCCACUUUUCCUCUGGACACUGCUUUGUGAAAUUACGCUUUGAAUUGACUGAUCUUCUCGACUGGCUCAUAGAAACGAGCGCAACAGCUGUUCUGUUGCGCUUGGGGACUUGUCCUAACACUACUCUGCUGUACCACUGAGUGGGAUAAUUAGUGUAGCUGAGGUGGUUACAGUAACUGCGUUCCUCCGGGCGCUGCAGUCCCCGGCUCUUUCCUCAGCAGUGCACUGAAGUGCCGGGUUGAAGCAGACGCUGCUGUCGUUCGUGCUCAGACCUUGCUAGCUGCCUUGGAAGGUGGCCUCGCGGGACUCUCCUGUGCAGGAGUUGCUCUUAUCUGGUGCCUCCACUGGGAAAGCAGUGCUUUCUCUCAUUUCUGACCUCUGCUCUCGGCCCUUGAAAUCCCACCGCAGUUCAGGCUUGCUCACUGGAUGUGGUUCUUGAGAUGGGGCUCUUGCUCCAUUAAAACAUGCCCUGCCUUUGUUCAGCAAAGUCUCAGCUUAUUCCCAGGUUUUCUUUCAUCUUUAUGCUGGGUUUUAUAUACUUUUUUAUAGUUGUACUUUUUUAAGGAGUCUUGUUCCUCUCUUAAUCAGGCUGUAGCAGUUCUUUGUAAGCUGUAACAAGGUUUGGUGGUGUAGCUUCUGGUGCCUUUGCCCUGGUAGGUGUCCUUGCACCGAGUCAGCUGUGACUUGAUUGUCAGUAUUAUGUGCUGCUUUAACUUGUUUUUUUGUGUUGAGUAGAACUCUUUUGUCCUGAGACACAAUAAAUAUUAAGAUAUUUUAGUCUAUGAAA